CAAACUCCACCUCGGGACGGUCCGCAUAAUCAACAAUCAAUACCACUCCAGUUCCCCCUCCCGGUCCUACACUCACCCCAAACACUCCAAACAAACCACACCACCCUUAAAUACCCCACAAAAGCAAGCAAAUAAGGGCAAAUAAGAUGGAUAGAGAGGAGUCCCUGGGCCGCAGUGCCGUAUGUAAACAACCUCAACCAGGCGGCCCCUCCCUUCCCUCCACGCCCUCCGCUAGGCACCAGGGUGACCCAUCCCUGCCGAGCCACCACAACCACCACCACCAGCUGCUAAAGAGUGCUGCCAAGAUGUCUGCGCGGAACCAAGUCAUCACACAGCAGAUCCAACAUGACUGGGCCAACCGCGAGUACAUUGAGGUUAUCACAAGCAACAUCAAGCGCAUCGGGGACUUCCUCAACAGCUUCGACAUGUCCUGCCGCAGCAAACUCAGUCAGCUCAACGAGAAGCUGACGAUGCUGGAGCGACGCAUUGAGUACCUCGAGGCUCGCGUCACCAAGGGGGAAACACUAAACUAGCGGAGGCGGCAGCACCAUAACACUUGCUACACCGAUGAAUUGCAGGAGAAUCGGAACACCACAUACAUUAAUUGCCACUUGAUUAUUAUUUCUUUACGUUAAAAUCUGAUGCCAUGCUCGAUGUUGGGCUGUACUGUUAGAUUAAUUUUUGAUGUUGUGUUGUUAGGUGCUGAACAGUAUUAUUUUAUAUGGUGAUAUUGUGUGGCUGCGUAAUGUUAGUGGUGUUCCCAUUCUCCUGAGAUAAUACUGUAUUCUGAUAAUUCUGAUAUUUUGAUAUAAAAGUAUGUAACAAG